AUUUUGGCUUGAUUUUAUUUGUGUUUGAUUUUGUUUGUGUUUACUUUUACUGGUUUUGGUUUUUAUGCUGUCUUACCCGUUUAAGUAAGCUCCUAACACUGUCUUCAGUUUUCUCUUUUAGAACAGCACUGAAGAAUUUUCUUUUCAUAAUGUAACAGUUACUGCUAUAGUUCUCAAAUUCUCAUUCCAAAAACAUGAGAAUUUUAACGAGGAAACUGGACUUUUAAUUCCUUCUUUUGUUGAUAGCAUUUGUCAGGUCAGAUUAUUAAACAUUACUGGCCUGUGUGAAAGAAACAUGGACAAAGUCCCAGCCUGUCUCAUGAUCGGGUAUUUAUAGGGAGCUAUUAAUGGACAUGGGCUCUACAGAGAUCAUUUGCAAUCCUGAAAAUAUCACUUUCAACUUAAUAAUUACUUCUUCAAAGUGUGAGGUCUUCCCUCUUUCAGAAGGUGAGGAAAAACAGUAUAUUUUCUCAAUUCAUAGGAAAAUUAGUAGUCAAUUUGUGAAAACGAAGUAGUCUAGACUUAAAAUGUUUCUGUACUCACUGUGCCGUAGUAUAAUCCAUUACUAACAGUCUGUAUAUGUUGCUAAUAAUAUUUCUCUUCUUUGCUACAUGUGCUAUUACAGAGCAAGGCCUUGCAAUCACACAUUAGGUGGAUCAGGUAACAAAUUAAAUGCUGCAGGUUUGCUGUGAAUUACUGCUGCCCAACUUUAGGAUGUUUCUAGAAUUACUCCGAACUUUGUAAGUGACAUGUCGACAACUUCCUUAAUUUUGCUGUGCUCAUUCAUUUUGCCAAUUUGUUUAUUUGCUUUCAGUUUUACUUAUUUAUUUUAUUUUUCCCUGUAGUUUUGAGGGUUUCUUUCAGGCCAGCUGUCUUGGAAGACAGAGGUGGAUGUUUUGAUAAGGUAAAACAGAUGAGAGGUUUGAGCCUAACAGACCAUCUGUGAUUUUAACCUAUAAUAGCAUGUAGCUGAAUAUACAGAAGGACAGUGGGACUGCUUAACAGAGUAUAUCUACAUCCAUUAUGCUAUUUAGUGAUCAGUUUGAUCGUUAAUGAUUUUUUAUUAUUUCUUCUUAAAUUUUAACAUUUAGACUUAAUAUAGUACCAGUUGGAUUUAAUUCUAUGUUCCAUUGUUUGUCUUGCAAUCUUCAAUUGAACCCUUUCAAUAUGGAGAAGUUUUAUGUGUUUGGAUUUUGGGUUUGGGUUUGGUUGGUUUUUGUUUUUUUUUUUAAAUAAUGCUAUUCUUAAGCUUUUGUGUGUUAUUAACUCAAUUGUGGUUACACCAGUGUGUUUUAUUUCUGCUUGUAUUUGGAUAUAUACUGUUGCAGUACUUUGGAUAUAUCCCUUUAAAGUAUCAGAAGCAAACAGGCACGCAUGGAUGGAGGCAGAAUUGUGAGUUUAUCUGUUGUAAAAGGCAGUAGAUUUGGUACAUAAGGUGGUGAAGUUGGUGUUUUUCCAAGCAUGUUUGAUGUUGUUUCAGUUGGAUGGCUGGUGCACAUAAUAGCACAAAUCUGCAAUACUUUCCUGACUACCAGAUAUUGCCCUAACAAUGUCUUUGUUGAAACAGUUUGAACAAGAGCUAUUAUUAAAAAAUUUCAUGUCCUUCACUUGCCCUUCUCUUCCAGGCCUGCUGUGAACAAACAGGAAAAACAUCCUGUGUUUUAUUGCACAUUUGUUUUCCCACUAAGGAAACAUCAGAGCUUGAUUGUGAUGAUAUUUGAGUGUCUAAAUGCCUUAGAGGGAAUGGCUGUUUAUCUAAAAAGCAAAGUUUUGCCUAUUUUUGUUGCUUUCUAGGAAGCAACGCCAGAACAAGUAGCUAUUCUGUAUGUUCAGUCUGUGGAACAGAGAAAAAAGCUGGGACAUGCUACAGGAGUAGAAAACCUUUACUCUGUUCUAAAUAGAAUAAUUCUGCAGUGCAGACCUAAACCCUUGGGAGAAGGCUGCAGCUUGAGAUGGAAGUUCCAAUUCAUUUAUUUUAAACUGUGUUCAUUUCUCUUGAUACUGUAACAGUGACUGCUGUUUCUGUUCAGAUUGAACCUGAGGAUUUAACAUCUUCCAAUUAAAAAGCAGUGUUUCCCUACACAAAGUGAUCCAGGUUGUGCUGGUUUGCCAUGUAUAAUUCAAUGUAUAUGUUUGAUGACAAUUCUGAUGAAGAAAUCCCUACCCAACGAGCUAUUCAGGAAAGCUUACGAGAGAGGCAUAAAAUUGAAACAAGUGGCUGUGCAACAGAGGCUGAAAGUUUCCAGUCUACUGCAAGUGAAGAACAUGGAAAGAUAAUUGCAGCAAUUCAGACAGGCCAAGAAGAGGCCUUGAAGAAGUUGGUGAAGCACAGUUCUGCCUUUGAAGAAGCAGAUGAGCAAGGCUGGCUUCCUGUGCACGAAGCUGCAGCACAGCUAAAUAAGAACAUCCUUGAAAUAACCAUGAAAGCCUCCAAUGCCGGUGCGUGGGAACAGACCACUGUAAAAGGGGAAACACCUCUGCUGGUGGCAGUAAGGAACUGCUUUGUGGACAACGUCUGCUUGCUCCUGAUCAAUGGCUGCAAUCCCAACGUUAAGAAUGAAGAGGGAGAUUCUCCUUUAGUUAUAGCAAUUAAACAGGAUUCCUAUGAGAUUGCCUCCUUGUUGAUAAGAUCUGGUGCCAAAGUGGAUUUGCAGUGUGUUCACAAGAGAACUGCUCUACACGAGGCAGCCAGACUGGGCAGGAAGGAUCUGGUAGAGCUUCUCCUUCAUUCUGGAGCGGAUCCUGACCCUCGCAGUGGAUAUGGGCUCACACCUCUAGCACUGGCUGCACAGAUGGGACACACAGAAAUUAUGGAGCUCUUACUGCAAAAAGGUGCAGAUGUUCUUUCACAGGCAAUGGAUUGUGCUUCUGUAUUAUUUGAAGCAGCAGGAGGAGGAAAUCCAGAUUCUGUGAGUCUUUUACUAGAAUAUGGGGCUGAUGCCAAUGUACCAAAGCACUCGGGUCAUUUGCCAAUCCACAGAGCUGCAUAUAGAGGACACUUUCUAGCCCUAAAAUAUUUAGUUCCAGUUACUGAUUUUGCUGCCAUUAAAGAAAGUGGGAUAAGUCCAGUUCACUCAGCAGCAGCAGGAGCACAUCCACAGUGCCUCGAGUUUCUCCUCAAGUCUGGGUUUGAUGCCAAUUUUAUGCUGGAUCAGCGAGUUCGCAAAGGCUACGAUGACCACCGCAAAUCAGCCCUGUAUUUUGCUGUGUCCAACGGGGAUCUCUGUUCCACACGGCUGCUGCUGAACGCCGGAGCCCUGACAAACCAGGAUCCCAUCAACUGUCUGCAAAUCGCCCUGAGGAUGGGCAAUUACGAGUUAAUGAACCUGCUGCUCCGCCACGGGGCCAACGUGAAUUACUUCUGCAGAGUGAACACCACGCACUUCCCCUCGGCGCUGCAGUACGCCCUGAAGGACGAGGUCAUGCUGAGGAUGCUGUUCAACUACGGGUACAACGUGCAGCGCUGCUUCGACUGCCCCGGGGGAAACCACUGCCACUCGCAGUAUGUCACUGACGGCUGGACCUCCACCGUCAUCAAAGACACGAUGUUCUGUGAAGUGAUAACCUUGUCAUGGCUGAAGCACCUGUCUGGGAAGGUAGUGCGAGUGAUGUUAGACUACGUUGAUCACGUCAAGAUCUGCUGGAAGCUUGAAGCAGUUCUCAAAGAACAGAAACUCUGGCCAGACAUCCAUUUCAUUUUAACAAAUCCUCGCUCUCUGAAGCAUCUCUGUCGUCUGAAGAUCCGGGAAUGCAUGGGCCGGCUGCGGCUCCGCUGUCCUGUCUUCAUGACCUUCCUUCCACUGCCAAACUGCCUGAAAGACUACAUACUGUACAAGGAAUAUGACCUUUAUGGACAGGAAAACUUCACAGGAAUCUACAACCUCAGCUGUACAUAAGUAUUAGCUCUAUAUUUUGAAGGGAAUGUUAUCAUGGAUAAGACUGUUGUGCAGCUGCUUUGGGGAUUUUAUCUCCUAUGUGUUAAGGAAUGCCAGCAUUCCCCUCUCACCCCCUGAAGAAACUGGGGAGAACCCCAAAAUGUAAGUAUUGGUGAUCCCAUUCCGUGUAUCUCCUGGAAUAUGACCUACCUGAGAGUUGUGGCAACAGUAUUUUAAAUGCCUACUGUGACAUGUUGAGGAAAUGUAAAAUGCAGGGCUGCAAUCCUUGUGUUACUGCUCAGUUAAACCCUGUUGUAUCAGAUAACCCUACCCCCACUGCAGGGUUAAACCCAGGGUUUAGUAAAAGGUCAGAGAUUUAACUAAAACCAGGAAGGGACGUAGUUCUUUUUUCUCUUGUACUUCCUCUUCUUUUGACAAGAAGUAGUUUUUAUUUGUGAGGUUCUACAAUGACCUUCUGAAGACCAGCUCAAGUAGAUUUUUUUUUUUUGGUCACCCUAUCAAGCAAUCCCACAUUCUAGGCAAUGUAAUGGGAUUAAGCUACAGAAACCUUUGCUUAUCCCAGCAGCUCGUGUGACAUACCAGUGUUUCAACAGGGCAGCACUGCUGAAAGCUGUUCUGCAGCUCAUGCUCAGGGGCUGGUACGUCUCAUCCACCGUGGACUUUGAUUACUCUCUCUCUAGAACUAGGCUUUCCUUUUACAGUGCUGGCCAAAGCCACGCUUGCAAUUUUUGGAGUUUCUCUCCAUAGAGUUGCAGCUUAAGCUUUCGGAGCACUGUUAUUUUAGGAAGUCUGACAGAAGUAUUAGGAAUACCUAUAGCACACCUGUUCUUUCUAGCAGUACUGCAAAUGUCAGUUCAUAUUUUAGAAAAAAAAGAAGUUCAACACAUUUGGCAUUAGUAGUAUUUAUUCCUUCAUUAUCAAGUAAGCAUAUAUUUCUUUUUUCUAGUUAUACAUGCAUCUUUAUCACGGAAGUUACAGAAUUCAAAAGUCUGCUUUUCCCCAGAAAAAUCUACAAACCUUAUAAAAUACAAAUUUAACCAUAAUGUAGUUAUGACCCAUGGCUUUUUACAUGGUGCUUAUCAUAUAGUAACCUACUGAAGCCCAUGAAGGUGAGUCCAGUACCCAGGUUGGUGCUGUGCUGUUCCCAUAACACCAGCUCUGCAGGGCCUGUCACUGUCCUGUGUGACAGCCCCACCACAGGCACUGCACAGCCCCUGCCACAGCCCCACCACGGGCACUGCACAGCCCCUGCCAUGGCUCCUCCUCAGCUUCAGUCUUGGAUUGUUGCAAAAAUAAGUUAUCAGCAUUCCCGAGUAUAACAACUUCCUCUGAGGUUAUCUGGCAAUAUGUAUGGAAAUGGAGAGAACUGAGCUACACUUGAUGACAGAGGGAGAUAACUGCAUGUUAGAGCUUUGCUUAAUGGAAGGGAACACAUCCUGUCACCAGUAAUGGUACUUCCUGAAAGUCAGUAUUAUGAGAAAUGCAGGAGGCUUUUGCAUCAGUACAAGUCCCAGCCAGAAAGUUAUGAGAGUUAAGCUUUUAUUUAAUCUACAAAAUGCUGACUGGAGCCCUGGCACAAUAGGGUUACUGUCCAUGUUUCCAAGAUUAAGACACAACAAUCAGAGUUGACAUAAAUAUGCCAUUGGUGGUUUUUAAUACAACUAUUCAGGGAAAAUGUGCAAGUCAGUCUCAAACAUUGCAAAAAUCACUUACACUUCACCAGAACAGGACCAAUCCAGAACAUCAUUGUAAGAAUUUGACCACUCCACUCUAUUAUAAAAAUGACCAGAAAGAUUGUACAAAGUCCUUGUCUGCAAUACAAAGUUCAUUAGGAAUACAAGUGCAUUCACAAUGACACACUGACUUAUUCUUGUCAUGACAACUUAGAUACCACUGUGGCAAAGGAAAAAAGAAAAGCAACUUAGUGCUUGAUUAAAACGAAAAGCCUUGGAUACUAAUUACCUAGCAAGAAUUUUUGUAAUAUAGAUCAAGAGAAAUAAUAUAAAAUAUCAGCUUUUGCUGUCAGACUAGACAAUAUCUCUAUUAAAUUCACUAAGCAGUG